UGUAAAGUGUUUUGAAUAUUUUUGUCUUUUGGUUUGGUUGAUUUACGAGUUCUUUACUACUUCAUAAAUAUUACAAACCCGAAAAUUUAUUUUGUAACACUUGUGCCAAGUACGACGUGUUUGUCAUGGCCGACGUACGCGAUAUUCUUGACUUGGAGCAACCGGUUGCACCGGAACUAACAAAGGAGUCGCUGUUAGCCAAAAACAAAAAGAUUUAUGAAAAGAAACUUGCGGUCAAGCGCCCGGAGGGCAUGCACCGUGAGGUAUUCGCUUUACUGUACAACGACAACAAGGAUGCCUCCCCUCUGCUUCCGACGGACACGGGAACCGGCUACAAACAGGUGAAAGCUCGGCUUGGAAUGAAAAAAGUUCGUCGCUGGGAAUGGGCACCGUUCUCGAAUCCAGCGCGCACGGAUGGUGCGGUGUUUCACCACUGGAAAAGAGCCUCGGAAGAUCAGAAGGAGUAUCCAUUUGCCAAAUUUAAUAAGCAGCUGGAUAUUCCAAGCUACAAUAUGACGGAAUAUAAUACGCAUUUAAAGACGAAUCCAACUAAAUGGACUAAGCCGCAGACGGAUCAUCUGUUCGAUUUGGCUAAGCGUUUCGAUGUACGGUUCAUAAUAAUGGCUGAUCGAUGGGAUCGGGCCAAUUAUGGAAGCAAAACUGUAGAAGAUUUAAAGGAACGAUAUUACGAGGUGGUUGGUAUUUUGGGUAAGGUCCGUGGAACUCCGGAAAAGAAAAUUUUCCUUUUUGAUGCGGAACAUGAGCGUAAAAGGAAGGAGCAACUCAAGAAGUUAUUCGAUAGAACUACUAAACAGAUUGAGGAGGAACAGAUGUUGUUGAAUGAGUUGAAGAAGAUCGAAGCACGGAAGAAGGAACGAGAGCGGAAGACCCAAGAUCUGCAAAAACUUAUCUCGCAGGCUGAUCAGCAACAGGCAGAGCAGCAACAACAGCAUGCUGCAAGUUCGCACAAAAAACACGAUAAAAAGUUGAAGAAGAAGAUUCAACAACAACCACGCCCUUCUAAAGUGGAUUCGGUUGUGAAUGCUGUCGAGACCGCGGGUAUUAAAUUUACGGAUCUCCGUGGAACUGGCGUCUCGCUACGAUCUCAAAAGAUGAAACUUCCUGCUAACGUGGGUCAGAAGAAGGCGAAAGCGUUGGAGCAAGCAUUGCAAGAGUUCAAAGUUGACCCGAAUCCACCACCAAUCGAGGAAAUUUGCGUCGCUUUUAACGAGUUGCGUUCCGACAUGGUCCUGUUGUGUGAACUAAGAACUGCUCUGGCCACGUGUAAUUUUGAACUGGAGAGCUUAAAGCAUCAGUACGAGGUAUUGUGCCCCGGUAAGUCUCUUAACAUUCCAGCUGCGCUGGCUGUUCCGGUCAGCGAGGAAGGUACUGCCGAAUUGGGCGAUGUUUCGGGACUGGUUUAGCACAUUUAUAUUGUAAUGGAUGUGUUCUAAUAAUAAUAAGAGUGAUUCUGUGCAAAA